GUUUUCCGAUUUAUUUAUUUUUUUAAAAAUAGCUGUUGUUUCUUUACCAAAACUUAGAAGUCAGAAUCUGAAUGGAAUGGACCCAUUGCCAUCGAUCCAUCAACAUGAAAACGACGACGUUUUCACCGACGCGCUUCACCACUCUUCCGCCGAGGAACCGCCGGAAGCUUCUUCCUCCGCUUCAACGCUUACUGAUUCUAAACCCAUCUUCCCCGAACCCCGUGAUUCGCAUUCCAACCAAUCCUCUCCGGCGACCACACUUCGGCGCCGGUCAAUUCGUCUCGGAAGUAAGCAACCUUCAUAUUCCAGCACCGAUAUUGAUUCGAUUAAUGUCACGAGAAGGAGCUUCAAAAAUCAUCCAAGGUAUAAGAAUCUCAAGCAAGAUGAAAAUUCCACAGCGAAACCCUAUUCGGAUGAACCGCAUCAAGUUAACGCUUUACCAGCUUCGAUUCCCGCCACGGAAGUAAACAACGAGGAAUCUACCGCAACUACAGCUAUGAAUGAUGAUUCAGCUGGCGAUUCCGCUGACUCAGCACUUCGACUUGGUGACUCGAGUUUUCUCGAAUUGAUAGCAGGGUUGGUUAUUAAAGCAUUAGGGUUUCAAAUCAAGUUAAUAUUUAUGUUUAUAACUUAUCCAUUGCAAUUCACAUUUCGUUCUUGUUUGUUUUUCAUGGAUCCUUUUGGGACAACGAAAAUGGGGAAAGAUAUUUUCGUUUUGGUUUUGUGCAAUAUAUGGAGUAUUGUGAUUGGAUAUAUUAAACCCUAUGUUAGGAAAUGGUUUAAGGGGAAUGAAUCAAUUUGGAGUGUAAUGUUUAGGUUUGGAUUGGGAUUUUUGUGGGCAAUUUAUGUUUGUUGUAUGUUGAUUGGUUUGUUAGUUUCGUCGUUUGUGUUUAGUGGGUUUUUGAUGAAGUGUUUUGUGGAGAAACCAAUUCAGAUUAAGGAAAGUUUGAAUUUUGAUUAUACAAAGCUCAGUCCAGUGGCUUAUGUUCCUAUAAUAUCAUGUGAUGGUGUUGUCAGUGGGAAAGAUUCUGGGAAGUUGAUGAUGGGUGAAAGAGUUAUACCUUCUAAACACAAAGUACAAGUUACUGUUUCAUUGAGAGUGCCCGAGUCAGGAUACAACAGAAAUCUUGGGGUUUUUCAGGCUAGGGUGGAUUUUCUGUUGUUUAAUGGUAAAUCUAUUGCAAGCCUGAGUCAACCUUGCAUGUUAAGAUUCAGAAGCGAGCCUAUCCGCCUAAUCAUGACUUUUCUCAAGAUUGCUCCUCUUGUUACUGGCUAUACGUCCGAAACCCAGAUUCUGAAUGUCAAGAUGAUAGGUUUCGUUGAAGGCAAUAUUCCAACUUCGUGCUUAAAAGUGACACUUGAACAACGACCAGAAUAUCAACCUGGUGCUGGCAUUCCUGAAAUAUAUGAUGCAUCUCUUGUUGUUGAGUCCCAACUUCCUUUUCUUAAAAGGAUCAUUUGGCAUUGGAAGAUGAGUAUAUUUAUAUGGAUCACAAUGAUAGCAUUCUUCACAGAAUUGAUUUUUGUUCUAGUGUGUUGUAGGCCUACUAUAAUUCCAAGAACACGGCAUAGGGUUGCAUCUGCUCGCGGUCCUGCAACCUUGAACAGUCUUCAGGCACUAUCACAAAGUCGAGACUUCUGAUUUCCCAGGCUUUGUUGCAAUCAUUGAUGUAAGUUUUUGUCUAACAGUUUAAUAACCUUGCAUGUUCUGAUAUGUAAGUAUAUGUAACCUAUAUUUAUUAUGUUUAGUGUGUAAUCCUAAUGUCUAAUUCUUAUUUUAUCCUUCUCUGUUAAAUUUCAUUUGUAAUCACAAUGUAAAUUUUAAUGCCAUAUAAUGUAUAAUGUCAUUUAUAUUGUAAUAA